AAAUAAGGUGACGUGUGACAGCCUGUUUCCUACCUCAGCUGAGCCUACGACUCCUUAUAAAAAACCUAACUUUUCCUGGUCACCAGGUCUUUGGUUUCUGACCUUUUAAGGUCUGGCCACUGACCACACAAGACACCGCCAGUUCCAGCGACAGCACAACAGCAGCCACAUGGAGACUCACCAACUUCGUCCAACAGCAUUCGGCGACCUCCAUCUCCAAACAUCUCUCUACGUACACAACUCAACAAGCAAUUCACCUUGGUUACAACACUGCACUGUUCGUGAAUUACUUCGCCAUGGAUCAACAGCAAGUAUAAUAGAUCAACUAAAAACCAGUGUUUUUUCUCCAUGGUCUGUUAUUGUCAAGAUGGCUAGCGUUGCACUUGACUGUUCACACUACAAGCGAGAUUGUUCUUUAGUGGCACCUUGCUGCAACAAGGUGUAUGUAUGCCGGGUAUGCCAUGAUGAUGUCGAAGAUCACACUUUAGAUCGGACCACAGUUGAGAAAAUAGUGUGUAACAAAUGCUCAACAAAACAGCCCGUCAGUGACCGUUGUUCAAAUUGUGACAUCAAGUUUGCACAGUACUUCUGUGCCAAGUGUCGACUUUAUGAUAGCAAUGACCUAAAACAAUUUCACUGUGAUGGUUGCAGACUCUGUCGGGUUGGUGGACGAGAAAACUAUUUUCAUUGUGAAAAAUGUGAUGUGUGCCUUUUGUUGUCUAUGAAAGACACGCACGAGUGUUUAGAAAAAAUAUCUCACAAUGAAUGCCCAGUUUGUCUUCAGAAUCUGCAUACUUCCAGAAAACCUUCAAGGAUCCCUAAGUGUCGGCAUAUGAUUCACGAGGAGUGUUUUAAAAAACUUUUUCAAUAUGGCCAUUUUGCAUGCCCUAUCUGUGGUACAUCAAUGACGAACAUGUCUCAAAUCUGGAAAAUGAAAGAUGAAGAAGUCAAACAUACUGAAAUGCCUCAGGAUUAUAAAGAGAUCAAAACAAAUAUUCUUUGCCGUGAUUGUCAUAAGCAAAAUGUUGUUGACCUUCACUUUUUAGGACUGAAGUGUCCUGACUGUGGUUCUUACAAUACCUGCCAGUAGUCCUGCUUCUGUCUGGUUUCUACAUGGAAAUAUCUGAUGCCAUAUUUUGGUUGUGAUGACCAGUGAUUAUAAAGAUUAUAUCUCUGCAUAUUUUUUUCUGUAUUCACAAUCAAGCCAACAUAAAAAUUCAUUUUAAUUUCAAAUAAUAGCUCUCCAUCUAUUAAAUCUCAUUUUUUUUUUUUACUUCUUUAGAUCUUUAUAGUGAAACUGUAUAUCUUCAACAUCAAUUGUUGUUGAAUUAGAUUUAUCUCAAAAUUAUCAGACCAUUUUGCUAAAUAAUAAGGUUUUUUUUCUUCUUUUGCUUACUGUAGGGAUUAGAUGGUUAUGCUAAUUUGGACUUGCAAUUUUUUGGCAUAGAGUUUUCUGCCAGUUUUGACAUCAAAUAUUCAGUUUUAAAAAGAGAAAAGAACAACUAUCUGUUACAUGAUUGUAAUUUAUUUUACCAAUGGGUAUAAUAAUGUGCUAAGUUAAAUUUAGCUGAAAGAAACUAACUAAUUCAUCACCUUAACCAAAGAAUGAUAAUGGCUAAACAGUAGUACAAGUCUGUAAUUUUUUACACGAACAGACUGCUUUAGGUUUUCUUUUUUUUAGUUCUUUAUGCCUUUUCUUUUUUAUUCUACCAAUACGCAUUUAUUUGAAUAUUUUUAUUAUUUACUUUUGAAGAUAAACUUUAAAUUUUACACAUAGAUUAAACAUGGAAGAAGUUUUUUAAAGAUGUAUGUUUUAGUGAUAUGUAAAAUAAAUUUUCCUCAUAUAACUUGAGGGAUUAAUUAUCA